UAUAUCUACAAGCAAAAGUAUUCUUCUACCUCGUUUCCUCCGACGGAAUAGUUCUUAUUAGUUGUUAAUUUCUUUCUUCACCACCUAAACAAUUGAUUUUUCUUUCUUUUUCUUUUUUACUUUGUUAUUAUCCUCAUCUUCUUACUGUAAAGGCAGAGGAUAAUUUGGAGAAAGUGACCUAUGUCACCGCCAAGAUCGGAUAGAACCGACGACGGCAACUGCAGCAACAACAAUGAAGGAGGGGUACCCGAUCACGAAGAGAACAAAAUCGUACUCAAAGUAAGAUUUCAUUGUCAGGAUGAUAGUGUGAGACACUUCAAGAUGAAAAGAACCAUGAGGUUUAAAAAACUCAUGAAAAGCUACUGUGAGCUUCAAAAUCUUGAUCUCUACAACACCGUCUUCUUCUGCUAUGCUCGUCGUCUCAAUCCUGAACAAACACCUGAUGAGCUUGAUAUGGAAGAUGGAGAUGAAAUCGAAGCAUUAAUUGGUUGGCCGAUGUAGAGGAUUUGAUUCGUAACAUUAUUGUUACCAUCAUAUGUGAAUGUGUUUUAUUUCUAUUACUAGUUUUGUAUGGAUCUUUGGUGGUUGAACUCAUAACUGGUCAUGUACUUUGUAUCAGUUCAGAUGAGAUGAGAAUGAUGAUAAUAAAGACAAGUCUAGACUUGUUAUCAUUGACAUA